UGCGCGCAUUCGCUUAGAAGCCGCAGCGGCCACCACGCGAAACCCUUGAGGCGCCGCUAGUGUAAGGUGAUGAUGCUACACCGGUAUUAGUGUAACGGACUAUAGUGAAGUGUACUAAUUAAAAUGGGUCUAGACUUCUUAGAACAUGGAGCGGACUUCGAAGCCGCCAUCUCCGCUACCGGUUUCGGGCGCUUCCACUUCUGCCUGUUGGCGGUGACGGGUCUGAUCUACGCGAACACCGCCAUCGGCAUCACCAUCGUGUCGUUCGUGCUGCCGGCCGCGACAUGCGACUUCCGCAUGACAUCGUCCGACAAGGGCUGGCUGACCGCCGCCCCUAUGUUAGGUAUGGUAAUCGGUUCAUACUUUUGGGGUUGCCUGGCUGAUACGAAGGGAAGAAAAGUUGUGUUGGUCUCUACACUUCUUAUCGAUGGAUUCGUCGGAAUUCUUUCAUCGUUCGUGCAGAUCCUACCAGUUUUCAUGGCAUGCAGAUUCAUAAACGGUUUUUCCGUCGCUGGUGCCAUGGGUAUCUGCUUCCCAUACUUAGGAGAAUUCCAACAGACCAAAUACAGAGAGAAAAUCCUCUGCUGGAUGGAAAUGUUCUGGACUCUGGGAGUCAUCUUACUGCCAUUGAUCGCGUGGGGCAUCAUCCCGAUCGACGGCAUCCGUAUCGAGCACGGCGCGUUCUCCUACGACUCGUGGAACUGGUUCGUGGCGGCUUGCGGCAUCCCAUCCCUGAUGCUUGGCUUCUGGCUCUUCUCCUUCCCCGAGAGCCCCAAGUUCAUGAUGGAGUGCGGCGACUACGACGACGCCCUCGCCUGCCUCAAGAGCAUCUACCGACAGAACACCGGCGAUGACCCUGACAACUACCCCAUCAAAAGCCUCAAGGAAAAAGUAAGGACCAUCUCUGUAGCAUCACAAAACUCCCAGAAGUCCGUCCGCAGCUUGAGCAUGCGCAAACCCAAGGACCUCAAGCGACUCUUCUCCGAGAUCUGGACCCAAACCAAAGCCCUGUGCAGGCCACCUUAUCUCAAAUACACAAUACUCACCUGCCUUAUCCAAUUCGGCUUAACUACAAGCUACUACACCCUAAUGAUCUGGUUCCCCGAGCUGUUCAACCGCUACGAGGAGUUCGAGCACAAGUUCCCCAACACGUCGGCGAGCGUGUGCGACGUGUCGGGCAUCGUCGUCGCUGGCGAGGACUCCGACCCCUACGACUGCGAGAAGAUCAUAGACCAGAACGUCUAUAUGCACACCCUGAUUGUCGGCCUCGCCUGCAUCCCCACCUCGCUGUGGCUGCCCCUCUGCGUGCAUAAACUUGGCGCCAAGUUCUUCCUUAUCUUCUCGCUGGGUUUCGCCGGCGUGGUUACAGUCGGGCUGUACUUCGUGCAGAACUCCACUCAAAACCUGGUGCUGUCGUGCAUAUUCGAAGCCCUCACCUCGCUCGCCAUCAGUCUCGUGUUCUGCGUCCUCGUCGACUUGUUCCCUACAAAUCUCAGGGUAAUGGCUGCAGCUCUGUCCCUGACGGCGGGUCGAGGCGGCGGUCUCAUCGGCAACCUGUCCUUCGGCUACUUGAUCGACAUCAACUGUGUCAUACCCAUCGUCGUCUUCUCAGCAUUCUUGUUUAUUGCUGCAAUUCUCUGCUUCUUCUUGCCAAAGACGGGACAGGAAGCCCUGGACUAAGUUACGUGCUAGUGAUUAGUCUCUGAACCACGCCGAGGUGGUUGUACAUAAGUAGGAUGUAAAUAUUGUGGACUAAGUUAUUUAUUGUCCCUAGAGUAUGGCCGUCGAGCCGGCUCGGGCCCGCGCCGUUACUGUGAUGCAGUAUCCACGUAUAGUAAGAUUGAAAUCAGUAUUUUAGAGUUGACUGUGUUAUGAUGCCCUUAAAUUAUUAAAUAUUUUAUUAAUAAUAAAGUUUAAUUUACCUAUA